AUGUCGGCGCCGAUUCGCGUGACGGUCGAGGCACCCAUCAACAUUGCAUUCAUCAAGUACUGGGGAAAGCGUGAGGGAGGUGAGACGCUGAUCUUACCCACCAAUGACUCCUUUAGUAUAACACUCUCCACAAAACCGUUCCGCUCCAAGACCUCGGUCGAACUCCGUAGCGACGCCAGCGAAGAUGAACUGUGGCUGAAUGGGAAGAAGAGCAACAUUCAAGAGACACCGCGCAUCCAGUCAGUUCUCUCGUGUAUCCGCGAUAACUGCCCAGACAACACGAAGAAUCUGAAGGCGUACAUCGUCUCCGAGAACAACUUCCCGACAGCGGCCGGCAUGGCCUCCUCUGCCAGCGGCUACUGCGCGCUCGCCGCGGCGCUCGUGAAGGCAUACGGAGCCACCGUGGACGUGUCGAUGCUGUCGCGGCUGGGCUCCGGCAGCGCGUGCCGCAGCGUCUACGGGGGCUUUGUCAUUUGGCACAAGGGGGAGAAGCCCGAUGGCACGGACUGCAUCGCGACACAGUUUCUGGAUGAGAAGUACUGGCCAGAGGUGCAGGUGAUGUGCGCCGUUCUCAAGGGCGAGAAGAAGGAUGUGUCGAGCACAUCUGGCAUGCAGCAGUCGCUCAAGACGUCCUCCAUGAUGCGAGAGCGCAUUGAAUCCAUCGUGCCGGCACGCAUGAGCGCCGUCAAGGAGGCCAUUCAGCAGCGCGACUUCAACCAGUUUGCUGCGAUCGCUAUGGCUGACUCUGAUGACCUGCAGGAGAUUUGCCGCACAACCAAGCCCCCCAUCCAGUACGCCACGGACGACAGCUACGCCAUGAUCCGCCUCAUCCGCGCCUUCAACGCCAAGAAGGGCUACAAUGUAAUGGCCUACACCUUCGACGCCGGCGCGAAUUGCUUCAUGUUCACCCUCAAGCAGGAUCUGCCGGAGGUGGUGGUGAUGCUGCGUGCGCACUUUCCCACCUCCUGGGACAAGCUGCUUUUUCACGAUGCAGACCUCUUGGAGAAGUGCAAGGCGUACCAGCUGCCCGCAUCGUUCGAGGGUCUCAUCGAUUAUCCGAAAAAGUCGUUUGAGAUGCUUCUACAGUCUCCCAUGGGUCAAGGCAUCGUGUACCUCGACGACGCGGAGUCCCUUAUUCCGCCGCACGCCUAG